AUGAUGAAUCCAAACCAUUCCGGUGCGUCCCGGCGGCCGUAUUCACGGGGUGCCGUGCCGCGUAACCGCUCCCGGAUGCCGUUUUCGCCCCAUCCGCACCAUUCCAACCGGAACCAUGGCGGCCACAACCAGUCCUGGUACAAUAAGGACAUGGAGAACAGCUUUAACUACGGUGACAAUAACAACGGAACUAGCCCCAAAGAAACGUCCUUCACCUACUCGUCCAAGUCCCCACCGGUGCAGUUGCAUUCCCCUCCCGUAGCGGGUCGCCCAGCGGCGGCGGCCAUUCUCAUGCCUUACGGUGCCGCUGAUGAUGGUAGUAUUAAUAAUAGAUCUCAACAAAUUCUUAGAGCCGGCCCGAGCCACAUUGACCGGCACAGGAUCAAUAUGGGCAAUAGUACCAUGCAGGAUCGCAACCGGCACACGAUGAGCGCGUCCUCGAUCGAUCGCCAUUCGAAUCACUACGAAGGACCGUCGAAUUCGUCGCGCGGCUCGGAUCUGCACGGUGGAGACGCCCGGUCGUUACUGUCGAUAGACUCGAUUCGGAACAGCCGCGACAAUGGUGGCCGGGAUCGCUUCAGCCCGCACUACCAUCUAGGUGGAAACGGCGGCAACAACGGACACCUGGCGGGCAACGGUGGCAUUGGUGGUAACGGAAAUGGUGGUAGCUCCGCCAGCGGUGCCAGCGGAAAUGCCAAUCAGACGCCCUCGCCGCCCUACUGCCCUGUGGAUGGGGUUGGUGGCAACGGAGGCAUCAAGUCGGAUAGUCCUUCGCGUAAGCGGCGCCGCGUAUCGUCCCGACUACCGAGUCAGUCACCGCCCGCAGCAAUUUGGGAGCAUCGUCGAUCGCCACGGAACGGCGCUCCGAUGAUGUCGUUGAUGGGUGCCAACGGAAAUGGGGGUGUGAAUGGUGGUGGAAACGGUGGCAACGGUGGCGGUGGUGCUUCCUUGGGCAGCGGUCUUAACUCACAUCACGCGAUGAACGGACAUCACAAUCUGUCGCUGCAGCAACAGCAACCACAGUCAUCGCAAAGCUCGCCUCAGCAGCAACAGCAGCAGCAGCAGCAGCAGCAGCAACAGCAGCAGCAAUUGCCACAACAGCUGUUGCAUCGAGAGCAUGCUCAGCAUCAUCAUCACCAUCAGUUGCAUCAUCAUCACCACGCGCAACAGCAGCAGCCAUACCCGAACGGUGGUGGGUCUCAUCUGCAUCCGAGCACAAGCGGUGGACUGGCGGCGGCCGUCAUUUCCCAGCUGCAAUCACACGCACACCAUCCGCAGGGAAGUCCACCCAUUCGUCGACCACGCUUCCAUCGUGACCAGCAGCAACAGCCACCCCAGCAGCAACAGCAGCAACCUCAGCAGCAACAACGCCCCUGGGAAUCCCUCACGCAGGUGUUCCAACAGGCACCGACCGCUCAGGCUCAGCACCAGCACGCGGCCUCUUCACUGAUGGUCGAUAUCAAUCAGGUGCCGGUUAGCCUGCCCAUUGGUCCGCACCACGAGCAGUUGUGGACGUAUUCACCUGGACCGCACAUUUCGAUCUGUUCCGGACAUCCAGCAGCACCUCAUUUACCGCCUUGUCAGGUGCAUGGGGUGUAUUCUCAGCCGUUUGCGCAAACGUGUGGUAUUGGUGGACAUUUUGGUGGGUUUGCAUCCACCGCUGGACCGGCAUUGGCCGUGCCGCAUCCCCCACCACAUCAAGCUCACUACCAGCACCCACAUCUGGCGCAACAGCGUACCGAUGGUCUAUCGCUGGAUGGUCUGGAGCACGCGGGAGCGUCGCCCCUGCAUCUGUCACCGCUGACAACGCACGCACAUCAUCUGCACGGUGCAUCGCCACAGAUGACGCAGCUGACCGCGGCGGCUCAACCGAUCUAUAUCUCCACCGAGGUAAGUGCCGUGGGGAGUGAGGUGUCCCGUACGGGUGUCACACCCGCUGCAACACUGAUCCCACUGAUCGCGAACGUCCCGCAGGGUCGCAAUUACGAGAUACUGCACCGGACAGUUCGCCGUGCGAUCACGGCACCGCGGCGCAACUUUGCCCGCUUCCAUUGGCCAGGUCCGCCACCGCCACCACCACCUCCGCCUCCGCCGGCACACCAUCAGCAUCAUCAUCCGGGGCAUCAUCCGGCACACCAUCAUCGGGCGCACGCGGCUCCACCACCGGCCCCGUUGCAAGCCCAUCCGCAACCACUAGGACACCCGCAGCCGGCUCACGUGACUUUGUCGGCCACGACGUCUGCCUACUCGGGCAUCCUGCUGAACUUCCUACCCGUGCGGUGUCCUUUCAGAGCAAUGUUCCCGCUAUCCACGUACGGGCCGCCGGACCUCAACUCGCCGGACUCGAACGAGACGGAGAACUACGAGGCACUGCUUAGUCUGGCUGAAAGGCUCGGCGAGGCGAAACCACGUGGCCUGGCCCGGCCAGAAAUCGAUCAGUUGCCGAGUUAUAAGUUCAACGCAGAAACGCAUACCGGCGAUCAAACCUCGUGCGUGGUCUGCAUGUGCGACUUUGAGGCACGCCAAAUUCUCCGUGUGCUGCCGUGUUCACACGAAUUCCACGCCAAAUGCGUUGACAAAUGGCUACGGUCGAAUCGCACAUGCCCAAUUUGUCGUGGUAACGCCUCCGAGUACUUCGAAAGCAGUGAGGAGCAGUAAUCGUAGCGUUAUGUGUGUGUUUGUGGUGUUCCCGCAGCCUGCCACAGGAGAGGCGUUGUCAUCCAGAAGGUUUGUUGGCGACUGCGGUCGAGGUU